AUGCGGGGUAGUGCGGGGUAAAAAGUCGGACGGGGAGACCACGGGAUGCGGGGAGGGUGUCAGCAGUUCAGCUUUUAAACUUCAUGGACAUUUAAAUUGGACACUGGCACGACUCCUCAUCGCAAUGGGUCUAUCGUAUGUAUCCAGACUCUAUCGUCGACUGGUUUGCCCCUAUGUAUGCCAGUUGUCCAGUUUUGCCUCCGACUGAUCGUUCCAGUGGUCCAUUGCUUAUUCCCCCCUCUCCCUCCUCGUCCCCCAAGGCGGCGGAAGUUCUUGGAACGAUAUUUCCCCUCUCGGUGUGAUCUCGCCUCCGCGACCGGUGACCUACGCCGAUCGCAGAUAUCCGCGACAUUCGGUAUUCAAGUUGUUGUACGAUUGAAUCAAACAAGAGCGAGACCGCGACACAACCCCAUCGAGCUCGAGGAACAGACUCACACAUUCGACGAAUGGAUCAACUAUUCAACGUUCAACAAUCAACCGCGCACUAUUGGUUGGUUGGUAUCGUCCAGCCGUAUCGACGCGUCUCGCUCUUCGUCUCACACCCGGCAUCCAUGACCAUCGCCCAUCGACCGUCACGGUCAACAUAUCCUCGUCAUCC